AGACACUUGUUCUGUUCAAUAUUUGUUUCUCUGUAUUAACCGAGAAGUGUAACAUUAUGAGCUGAUAGUGCGUUUGCCAUUUUCUGUGUAUUAACUUGGUACCACAUGCUACGCCAUGUCUUUCUUCGUAGAUUCCGUGAUUAUGUUCACUUCUCAGGUGCUGUUUUUCGGGUUCGGGUGGCUGUUUUUCAUGCGGCAGUUGUUUAAAGAUUAUGAGGUUCGACAAUAUGUUGUGCAGGUGGUGUUCUCUGUCACAUUUGCCUUUUCUUGCACUAUGUUUGAGCUCAUUAUCUUUGAGAUUCUUGGUGCAUUAAGCAGCACGUCCAGGUAUUUCCAUUGGAAGCUGAAUUUGUAUGUAAUAUUACUAGUUCUAAUAUUUGUGGUGCCUUUCUACAUUGGCUACUUUGUGGUCAGUAAUAUACGUUUAUUGCAUAGACAAAGGUUGCUUUUUUCAUGCGUGGUCUGGUUCACUUUCAUGUAUUUCUUCUGGAAACUGGGCGAUCCUUUCCCUAUUCUUAGUCCAAAACAUGGCAUUCUGUCCAUAGAGCAGCUGAUCAGUCGUGUGGGGGUCAUUGGGGUCACACUGAUGGCUCUUCUGUCUGGCUUUGGUGCUGUAAACUGUCCUUAUACAUACAUGUCUUAUUUCCUGAGAAAUGUGACGGACAGUGAUAUCCUGGCCCUGGAGAGAAGACUGCUCCAGACUAUGGACAUGAUUGUCAGUAAAAAGAAAAGGAUUGCCAUGGUAAGAAGGCAGAUGUACCAGCGUGGAGAGGAGCAGAAUAAACAGACAGGAUUUUGGGGGAUGAUAAAGAGUGUGACCUCCUCACCAUCAGGCAGUGAGAAUCUUUCCCUGAUCCAGCAGGAAGUGGAUGCUCUGGAGGAACUCAGUCGACAGCUUUUUCUGGAGACCGUGGACCUGCAGGCCACCAAGGAACGGAUAGAAUACUCAAAAACAUUUCAAGGGAAAUACUUCAACUUCUUGGGGUAUUUCUUCUCCAUCUACUGUGUGUGGAAAAUAUUCAUGGCCACUAUAAACAUAGUGUUUGACCGUGUUGGGAAGACUGACCCGGUGACAAGAGGAAUCGAGAUCACAGUCAACUACCUCGGAAUUCAGUUUGAUGUCAAGUUCUGGUCUCAGCACAUUUCCUUUAUCCUGGUGGGAAUCAUCAUAGUCACGUCCAUACGAGGCCUUUUAAUCACACUCACCAAGUUUUUCUAUGCCAUCUCCAGCAGCAAGUCCUCCAAUGUCAUUGUGCUCGUCUUGGCUCAGAUCAUGGGCAUGUAUUUUGUGUCGUCGGUGCUCCUGAUGCGGAUGAGCAUGCCUUUAGAGUACCGCACUAUAGUGACUGAGGUACUGGGAGAACUGCAGUUUAACUUCUACCACCGCUGGUUUGACGUCAUCUUCCUGGUCAGCGCUCUCUCCAGCAUCCUCUUCCUCUACCUGGCCCAUAAACAGGCACCUGAGAAGCACAUGACCCUGUGACCUCAUCAGAGAGACAGACGCACAGGACUGAAAUGUGCCUUUUCUUUUGCCUCUCCUUUUAGAAGGACUUUCAUGCCUCUAUCCUAUAAUGAGCAUUAUUGGGUCUGUAUUUCCUGAAUCAGGAGGGGCCCAGAGACAGUGUUUAUUUGACUUUGGGUUUAAAGACUGUGAU